UUUGGAGAGUUAAGUGGCUGCAGUCUGCAGCACAAACUUAGACGCACCGACCACUGAGCCCUCGCGCUUCUCUCUCGCGCGCACUCAGUCAGAUUUCCCUUGUCGUUUAAAGUGUAGCGGCUCAGAGGAGUUGCAGUUCAGAGUGGAAUCGCUGUGCAGGAUGAAGAAGCUGAAGGGGCAGCGCGUUUGCAUAGUUAUCUGAAGACGCGCAAGCGGCAUUUCAUGCAGUUACGCACAACUUUUUUUAACUGCACGCCAACGCACAGCAGCUGAAUUACUGUGUGGACUUUUCUGACCAGGAGCAGACAUGGCUACACUCAUUCAUUAUUUGGUUAUUUGUGUAGAAUUCCUCCUUUAUUUCAAACAAACAUUUUGUAUGGAGGUGGAUUUCCUCACACCAGUUCGCGUGGAUCCAAACGUGGACGAGAAGCAUCUGCAGAUGAGUGAAAGACAAGUUGUUUUUAGACUAAGUGCUUUCCAACAGGAUUUUUACCUACGACUCACACCGGAUUCUAGCUUCCUUGCAGCUGGUGCUUUGGCCCCGGAGAGUGGCUCCUCAGCAUCCAACGCCUCUACAGCGGCUGACCUCAGGGAGUGCUUCUACUCCGGCCAGGUCAACGCAGACCCAGAUUCCUUCGCUGCACUCAGCCUGUGUAAAGGCCUACGCGGAGGCUUCUCCUAUAAAGGGAUGGAGUAUUUCAUCAGCAGGAGUGAAGACGCAACAGCCGCGUCUGGAAACCGAAACUAUUUGGACGGGACGCAUGUCAUUCGCCGCAGGUCACGCGCUGCGAGCUCAGACGGCAACUUCACCAGCAGGUGUGGAGUCGCACCUGAUCCCAGCUUCACUGUUCCCCUGGAGAAAUACAAGCACUUGAUUGAGCCGGAUAGAGAUGACUUUACUGAAACUGUGCUGAAAAGCUUAGGAAGGUCAAAACGAUUCGCCUCCGUCCCCAGAUUUGUCGAGGUGCUGGUCGUGGCUGAUGAAUCCAUGGCCAAAUUUCACGGGGAUGACCUGAAACAUUACCUCCUGACCCUGAUGUCAGUGGCCUCCCGACUGUACAAACACCCCAGCAUUUUAAACUCAAUCAACAUUGUGGUGGUUGGGUUCAUGGUGAUUAAUGAAGCCAACAAGGGCCCGAAGGUUUCUGGCAACGCAGCUCUGACUCUGAGGAACUUCUGCUCCUGGCAGAAGAAGUUGAACAAACACAAUGACAAGCACCAGGAAUACUGGGACACUGCCAUACUGUUCACCAAGCAGGAUCUUUGUGGUGCCACGACCUGUGACACACUGGGGAUGGCUGACGUUGGGACCAUGUGUGACCCGAAGAGGAGCUGCUCUGUCAUCGAGGAUGACGGCCUGCCCUCAGCUUUCACAACUGCCCACGAACUUGGACACGUCUUCAGCAUGCCCCACGACAAUACAAAGGCAUGUGAAGAGGUAUUUGGGAAACUAAAGGACAACCACAUGAUGUCUCCCACACUGAUUCAGAUCGACAGGAGCCGACCCUGGUCUGUGUGCAGCGCCGCCAUCAUUACAGAGUUCCUGGACAGAGGUCAUGGAGACUGUCUGUUGGACCAGCCUCAGAGGCAGCUGUCACUUCCGGACAACCUUCCGGGCUCCAGCUACAGCCUGCACCGUCAGUGUGAGCUGGCCUUUGGUGCCUCCUCCAAACCCUGCCCCUACAUGCAGCCCUGCUCCAAACUGUGGUGCACGGGAAAGGCCCGCGGACAACUGGUGUGUCAAACCAGACACUUUCCCUGGGCGGACGGCACCAGCUGUGGCAUUGGCAAGUUCUGCUACCAAGGAGUUUGCAGCGACAAGAAUGUGACCAUGCACAUCAAGGUGGACGGCCGCUGGGGGAAGUGGGGUGCAUUUGGAGACUGCUCCCGUACCUGUGGUGGUGGAGUUCAGUUGGCAAAGAGAGAGUGCAACAACCCUGUCCCUGAGAAUGGAGGCAAAUACUGUUACGGGGUCCGCAUUAAAUACCGCUCCUGUAACCUCAACCCCUGUCCUGAUACAGGAAAGAGUUUCCGGGAGGAGCAGUGUGAGGCGUUCAACGGCUUAAACCUAAACACCAACAGAUUGGGUUCCUCUGUGGUUUGGGUUCCUAAAUAUUCAGGCAUCUCUCCCAAGGACCAAUGCAAGCUCAUCUGCAGAGCCAAUGGAACUGGGUACUUCCAUUUCCACGCUCAGAAGGUUGUGGAUGGGACGCCCUGCUCUCCAGACACCUCAGCUGUAUGUGUCCAGGGAAAAUGCAUCAAGGCAGGCUGUGAUAGCAAGCUGGACUCGGACAAGAAGUUCGACAAGUGCGGAGUGUGUGGUGGGGACAACAAAGGCUGCAAGAAAAUCUCAGGAUUGUUCACCAAACCUGUUCAUGGCUACAACUUUGUGGUGAUGCUGCCAACAGGAGCCUCCAACGUGGACAUCCGUCAGCGUGGCUAUCGUGGAAUAGUCAGUGAUGAAAACUACCUGGCGGUGAAGAACCAGUACGGAAAGUACCUCCUGAAUGGCGACUACGUGGUGUCGGCUGCAGAGCGCGACCUGCUGGUGAAGGGCAGCCUGCUGCGUUACAGCGGCACCUCCACAUCGGUGGAGAUUCUGCGAGCCACCAGGCCUCUGAAGGAGCCCCUUACUGUAGAAGUGCUCUCCGUGGGGAAGAUGACUCCGCCCAGGGUGCGCUACUCUUUCUACAUCUCUAAGGAGAGCAAGGAGCAGAAAACUCUGCAAAAAGAGGAGAAAAGCCACAAAGCGCACAACAGCGUCUUGAUAGACAGCAACAAAGUAGAAGCUAAGAAGCAGGUGAUGGGCAAGAGGCCGGUCAGUCACUGGGUGACAGGAAACUGGGAUGUAUGCACGGUGACCUGUGGCAGCGGUUUACAGAAGAGGCUGGUGCAGUGCCAGAGUGCAGAGGGACGUCCUGCAGUGGACUGUGACAGUGCUGACAAGCCUGUUGCAAUGAGAAUGUGUGGGGAUCCAUGUCCCAUGUGGGAUGUGGGGACCUGGUCUCACUGCUCCAAGUCCUGUGGAAGGGGCUUUAAAAGGCGGCUGGUACAGUGCAUGACAGAUAAUGGCUUGCAUCUACCCAGAGAGCACUGCUCUGGGAAGAGGAAGCCUCAGGAACUGGACCUCUGCAACCUCAAACCAUGUUAGAGUAGUGCAGACACAGGAAGUGGGCUUACCUUUUAAGGGCAGACAGAUGAUUUGAUAUGAACCUUAUACCAAAUCAGCAUGACAAUGAUUCAACGGCCACAUUUGGUGCAAAUCCUCUCAACUUCAGUCUGUCUGCAGAAGCAUCUGCGCUACAGAAGGAGAGAACCUUCAGCUGCUCCUGUUUUGAAAAGACAGAGACCUGUUUACAUAAAAAUUCAGGACACGCUGUCUUGUAAAUUGAACCGUCAAACUGUGGUGGGUUUGACUUUCGGUUAGUCUACCUCUACCAGGAACAAAGACACGAAACCUGUGCAAACUGUACAGACGCUACCAGAGAUGGAGAGACAUCACUUGUUGGUAUCGGUCCAUGAAAAGGAUGAGAUGAGACUAGAUGAAAGCUUAUGAGACUUGCACUGUGCUUUUAUCAGGAGCAGGUAUCUGUGACUUGACAUUUCUACUCAUUUGGCUGAUCACUCAGCUGACAUGUGAAACACAGUACUGUAGCUGCCACAUUCUAGACCCGAUCGGUCUGUUCCUCCAUUAUUGUUUAUCUUUUUGUCUUGAUUCAGUGCCAGUCGGUUCAUCUGCAAACAGCCAGACACCAUGAUAUCCUACGCACUUGAAACAACUGGAUCAAUAUCAAAUAAUUCCUGAAUUCUGUUGACCAAGCAAAACGAAAAGUAUUGUAUUAGCGUGGUAAGAGCUGAGAUGUUAACCUUGUGUAUACAGUGAAUCUAGUGUGUUUAUAUGGUGCAAUCAUAACACGUCUUUGUCUGUCAUGUGUAAAACAAACUGACGAAUGCUCAGAUGUUUGUUCAGUGUUGCCAAGGAGCUAUAACACCAGCAUGUGUGAGUCCCAGAGCAUUUUGCUUUUCAUUUUGGUCCAGUUGAAAAGUCUAUUAAUGACCAGCUUUUUUUGUAUAAGGUUAGAGCACCCACAGUGUACCGGGUCUUAUUUUUGCUCCAUUUUUUUUUUAAUGGUAAAAAAGAGACGGAUCUUUGACCACAAUGUCUGUAUCUGUCAAACAUGGCCCAAACAUAUACCGUAUAUUCAUAUAUACACAACACUUUCUGCAUGUGCAGCUGUCCUGCUGGCUAAAUCCAGUGUAGAUUUUAAAGGUCCAGUGUGUAAGACUUGGUGACAUCCAUUGGUGAGACUGCAGAAUGCAACAAACGGCUCACUCUCCCUUUUCCCAAUUGUGUCAGGACUAAGACAUGAAAGGUGGUGAUCACUCUUUCAAAACUCCCAGUCUGGUUGCUUUGUCCAUUUGAGCUGCUGCAGAAAAUGAUGGUGGAUUCUGUGGCCCUCACCGACUCAGUUAUACACUUCUUCAAACACACUUAUUUGUAAUGUAUUCAAUAUCUGCCAACGACCUUCUAAAAUGUUACACACUGGACCUUAAAAAUGCUUUAAUGUUGAAAUAUCUGCAGUAGCAUAGAUGUUAGAUUUAUACAUUUUCAAAGGCAAACACUGUGAAACACAGAGCUGGAAAAGUAACAGCUUCACAGCAGGUGCGCGCAAUGGGUGUACAGAUGAACGUGAGUUGCAGCAGAUGAGCAAUACGGGUGUCACGCUCUUCACAUGCAUCACGUAGUCCACGCUUAACCUUCCACAAAGAAUACGCACACUGAGAGCCUGAGGUGCACAGAAGCAACAGCCACUGUACACUUCUGUCAAAACUUAAUCGCUGUUGAUGCGUCCUUGUCAAAAGUAGGCAGUAAAAAUGUUAUAUGACAACAAUCUGUUAACAGAAAAAGUCAUAUUUGUACUUGUACAAGCAAAACUGGUUUGAGCUUGUCAAAUAUUUUCUCUUAUGGUUGAUUGAAACAAUGGCGUCCUAUAUCCGAAGACAUUGUAUAUUCAUUAUUAAGAUAGAUAGAUAGAUAGAUACUUUAUUCAUCUCACAGAGAAAUUCACAACCCGGGAAGACCGGGAAGUAUCAAAAUAUCCCAAAAUAUCCCUAAAGUAAUCAAACCUAAACACUUUCUAUAUGGUCAGUAUGUUAUAUUUCAAACCCAAAUGAUAGGUUCAUUGUUCUUUUCUUCCACAAUCAUUGUUCUAGAAAGCAAAGCAUCUCCUUAAAUGGAAGACAGAGAGAAGACAAUGCAGGACAAAAUGCAAACAGAUGGAAACUCCCAAUUGAGGCAAUUAAACACUUCCAUAUACUGAAACCGGCACCCCACAAGAAAGAAGGGAAAUAUCUUAUGGUUGCUUCCAAACAUGCACAUCAUUGUAAAAUUGGCUUGACAGUAUUUCAAAGUGAAAACAGUUCUUGGUAAAAUGCCUGUUGGCUUGUGAUAUAUCCUCAGCAUACACAGGCUCCAUUCCUUGUGCUUCAUGGCAACGUCAACUCCUCUAUGCCUAAACAAAUAAGAGCUUCAUGUCGUGGAUGAGUCAAAACUCGUACAUAAGUCAGUGAUAUGGGAGAAUUCACCAAGACUUGAACAACUUUGACAAAGGCCAAAUAGCUGUGGCCAGAUGACUGGAUCUGAGUUAGUAUUUGUCAGAUUUGUACCCAAAAAGUUCUGGAUUAGAACCUCUCAAAUCUCUUAGUUGAAAGCUGAGAUCCUGAUGCAUGCAGAACUGAGAAAUUCCAGAUCCAAGCAUGAAACAGGCUUGUCUGUUUUCCAGACCUGAGUAAAAUGGAGUAAUAUUGAGAAAGACACAGCGAAGAGACCCAAACCUGAUCACUAUCACUUUCACAGAUUGUAAUUAACAAUGACGACAAAUGCUAAUUUCGAAUCCACUUUGUGGCAUUAGAGACCACCUCACAACUGUUUGCCUUUGAACUAUAGUAACAUUUGCAUGUUUGUUGCCACAUCUGCUAAAAUGCAGUCACUCUGUGCUGUAUGAGAUGAGCCCCAACUCUGCUCUCUGACCCUUCACCUCCUUGCUUCGGGCAUAUAAGGACAUCCAUUAUAUUCAUGGCCAGGUGUCCUCAGAUCUGCUCAGGUUGUACACAUGUUAAACGGUUAAUCCAGGAACCCAAACCAGACACAUUUGACCUUAAAGCAUGGAAGCCAGUCAAUACUGGAGUAUGCAUGCACAGGUCCUGUAGAGUCCUUGCUUUAGUGGGUCAGCGCUGUCUUGGCAACAUGCAAGUAUAUUUGGCAGUGGUGGCUUUAAUGUUUUCGGCUCAUUAAGCAUACAUUGUGGUCGUGUUCAUACCUGGCAUUAACAUCCGUCCUGAGAGAUCUGAUCACAUGUGGACGGCAUUAAGUACAGCUUUUCACACCUGGCAUUAAAAUACUUCCUAGAUGUGUCUCCUGUGACCACAUGAGAUCAGAUCUGGCGCCCCCACCCAGUAUUCGAAUACACCCUGACGUCAUGUCUGUUGUGAGGACUGACCGAGGGAGAGAAGAGUCCAGAGGAGCUGAGAGAAUAAAAGCGUUACUCAUGCUAUUGUAACAUGAAAUAAGGUUUUAAUCAGACACGUGAUAAUCAGUAUUAACACUGUGGCAGUGGCUAUAAAUCAACAUAUGGGUGCUGAUUAGUCUAAAAAGGACUGAGACUGUAUUCAUGCAGCUUAGUCACAUUCGUCCUCAAACCACCUGAGUGUAGUUUUUGUGAUCUGAUCUCAUGCCAACCUGUGUUUUGGGACCUUCUGUACAUGAUAUCCAAACCUUUUGAAAAGCAAUGACUUUGCAUGGUGACUCACCAAUUAUCUUUAGUGAACUGUGAAGUGAAAAAAAUACUAAAUGUACCACAUCGAACACACACACACACACACACACACACAGUGAAGUCAAUGGCAGAAUUCACUCAAAAACAAUCAAUCAUCAAACAAAUAUUGCUGUACUUUCCAUGUUGUAACUACAGGAUGAAAAUUGGAUGGACAUUUGUUUUGAUGAGAUUGUUUUCAUUUCAGUUGUCCAACUGGUUGCCGUCUGGAAAUAUGUGGGGUUCAAUAGAAAAUGCUUCAGCAGUCUAAAUGUUGUGUGUGUAUAUAUAUAUUGGCUGAAGUCCAUCAGGCGAAUAACUUCUUGUACUCCAAGGUAAACAUGUCCUUAAACGUGAAGAGGCAAUUCUUUAACAGGAAACUCAUUGCAGUUUUUACAUCUUUUCAAUUUCUGUUUUGCUUCAUAUUGACUAUCUUAAAGAUAGCUUUGUACUUUUUUUUGUCUUUUACAUCAUGUGCAGAUGUUUUUUUUAUCAGUUGUCUUUUGUAUUGUAUACUAUGUAUACAUCCAUCUAGCAAUAUAAAAUAAAGUAUAUAUGAGAUUAUAACCA